UGAAGCUAAAAUUCUUCCAAUAUCAAGUUCUUUAUAAAGCCAAAAUAACUAAGAAAAAUCAUGGCACAGCACACUCAAUGAGAAGAAGAAACAAAAAAGAAUUUGGCAGUGAUACGAUCAUUGAAGCAUGUGAAGAUAAGUGAACACGGCAAAGUUUGUUUUCUUUCACAUCUCUUCACCUCCUUGGAUACAAGGCAAUGGUCAAUGUCUUGUCUUUUAAGUAGCAGAAAUUGAGGGACCAAUGAAGUUUGCAAUUUGUUUGCAAGUGUCACGGGGAUUUGUUCCAAACCUUCAAUCCUCUGCACAAAUUAUAUAACUUCACUCUCUUAUCCUCUAUACAAUAAGUCAAUUCCAUUCUUCUUCUUCUUCUUCUUGAGCUUCACAAUAUGUCUAAGAGUUCUGUUUCUUGUUUUGCUAAAUCCCAUGAUCAUGAGAGACCAGAUCUUGAAUCCAUAAGGGGAAUUGUAGAUUCGAUCAAUGAAUACAUGAUUGGAUUCUUGGAAAAUGUUGAAUCUUGGAAUUCUUUGAAAUCACAGUGUACUUCAAUGCUAAAUACAAUUCAAAACCAGAAGUUCUUUGAAUUCUCUGAGCACUCUGUCCUCUCAAAUCUUUACUGGGGAAUUGAAAGCAUUGAAGCUGCAAUACAAGCAAAAUUCCCAGAAGAGAAAACUGAUCAUCUCAGGAACUCAGAAAGGUUGCUUCAGGUUCCAGCAUUGCUUGAUGAACAUGGGGUCACAGCAGGAAUUCAAAACCAGUUCUUAGUAUGCUUUUCAUACUUCUACCUCUCAGCCAUUAAAAAGCUACAAAAUGAUGAGUGGCAGGUUGCGCUACAUUAUUUACAGGCAAUGUUGGUCUCCCCUAGACUUGUUCGAACAGAAUUCGCACCGGAGUUUUGUCGAGUUCUUUUUCCUCUAAGCAACAAAUCUGAGAUAGAGGAUGAAUCUUCCUGGGAUUUUGGUGAGGACAAUACUGAUGAAGCAAUCAGACAAAUUGCGAGGAGGUACAAACACUGGUUAAUGUAUUGUCAGAUCAUGUUGCAUGGAGAGACUUCUGGGCACUGCAGAAGCAGAAAUACUUCUUCCCCUGAUAAAGAAUCACAAGAUUUAUCGCAUGUGAUGAAGAGCAGCAGUGAUCUUUCGAAUUCAGUUAAGCAAGGACACUGCUUGCAUAAUUAUCAUAAGAAAUUAAUGCAGUAUGAGAAGGUGCAUCCGCUUGAUCUUCAAGGAAAUAGAAUUGAAGGCACAGCGAAUGAACCUAUGUCAAACGAUAUCCAAGAAUUUCAGUAUUAUAGCAAUGCUCUGAAACAUUUGGAUCAAGUUCCAAAGGUCAACAUUCAGAAUGCAAACCUUGAAAAGUGUAAAAGCAUCAGACGCCUUGAGGAAAUACUGAUGGAAGGCGAAUUGGACUCGCCAACUUCAGUAAGUUCAUGCGACAGUUAUGAUUUGGAAGAACAUAAUUCAGAGGAAAAUAUGGAUGAUAGUAAAAACUCAACAACUACUACAAGAACAGGUGUUCAUGAUCUGCAAGCAGAAUGUUGGGAUCAGAUGCUGCAGGCUCCUUGUUCCACAGUGCAUUCAAUGUCCACAACAAAGAUUUUGCCACAUGCUUCUCAGCACCGAAUGCGGGAAGAAGCCAGUGAAGUAAAUAUAGAUGACUUGUUUUCUGAAAGAUUCUUAAGUUCUGUCAGCGAUUUAGAUUUACGUGUCUUGGAACUCGGAGGUAAAAGAUCAGACAUCCAGUGGAAUUCCCAUCUAAAAAAGUCAUCUCAGAAGCUAGUUCAACACAGAGCUAUAGCGACAAAACAGGACCCACAUAGCCGGGAAAACUUCAAUAAAUUCUGUGUGCAUUACAGAAGAGACUCCAGUGCUGAGUUUAUAGGGGAUAUUGAGAAAGUAAUUUCAAAACUAUGUUUCUCAGAAGGUUUAGCAAAGUUUGAUGAAGAUUAUGCUGGAGAAGUGAUGACCAUUUACAAAAUGCUGAACAAUAAAAGAGGAGUGAAGUAUACUAUGUUGAAAGAUGUAAUGCUGGAUCAACUUCUGACAGCUAUUUCAACUUCCAAAGAGGAAAGAGUUAUAAGGGCAUCGGUUUCUAUACUUACAACUAUCAUAUCGAUAAACAAGUCUGCUAUAGAGGACAUCAAGAAUAAAGGCUUGAGGCUGUGUGAUUUGGCAACUGCUUUGAAGCGAAAUGUGCAUGAGGCCGCUAUUCUUAUUCAUAUGAUAAAUCCAUCUCCAGCAGAAAUGAAGACAUUAGAACUCUUGCCAGCAUUGGUUGAGGUCGUGUGCUCUUCAAACAGUUACAUGGAAAGACCAGCGACACCUCUUCUGACACCUCCUGCAGCAUCAUUGAUGAUUAUUGAAGUCUUGGUCACUGCAUUUGACUGUGCAACUAAUAACACGCACUUGGCUGCAAUCAAUUCUCCUCGUGUUCUUCGGGAACUCCUCAACGUCGCUGGAAAUAACAAUCUGGAAGGAUAUGUCUCCUUGGCCAAUGUUAUAGUAAAAUGCAUGCAGUUUGAUGGGCAAUGCAGAGAAUCAGUAGCACAAUGUAUUCCAGUGGCUCCAUUUAUACGUCUACUCCAAAGUAAUGAGAAGGGUGCCAAGUUCGCAGCACUUCGGUUUUUCCAUGAACUACUUCGCAUGCCAAGAUCACCAGCUACGAACUUAUUGCAGCAGAUAAGAAAAGAAGGCGGCACCAAAAUUAUGAAAGUAUUGGUUUAUUGUGUCCGAGAACUUCCAACUGAUUACCAACUCUUGGCAGCAAAUUUACUGCUUCAACUAGACACAUUGGAAGAAUCAUCUGAGAAAGGUUCAUUCAAAGAAGAGGCUAUACAGGUCAUCCUCAAGUCAGUGGAUUCUGAAGUAAGCUCUCCUACACAACAGUUAUCUGCAUUCAUUUUUGCAAACCUUGGAGGAACUUAUGCCUGGACAGGGGAGCCAUACACUGUGGCAUGGCUAGUAAAAAAGGCAGGCUUGACCUCCUUGUGUCACCGAAAUAUGAUUAGAAACUAUGAUUGGUUGGAUCAAAACCUGCAGGAUGGUGUAGUUGACUCAUGGAGCAGCAAGAUUGGAAAGCAUGUAAUUGACGUAGGAAAACCUGUCUUCCAUGCUUUAGAGAAAGGUCUAAGGAGUAAGGCAAAGAGGGUUUCUCGGGACUCUCUCACCGCAAUUGCAUGGAUUGGAUUUGAAAUUGCAAGGUGUCCUACUAGCCUAAGAUAUUCUGCGUGUGAGAUCUUGCUUGGUGGAAUAGAGCAAUUUCUGCACCCUGGAUUGGAGCUUGAAGAAAGACUUCUGGCAUGUUUGUGCAUCUAUAACUAUGCUUCCGGAAGAGGGAUGCAGAAACUAAUUCAUUUCUCCGAAGGAGUACGGGAAUCGCUGAGACGUUUCUCAGGAGUAACCUGGAUGGCAGAUGAACUGCAUAGAGUAGCUGACUAUUAUUUGCCCAACCAAUCGCGUAUUUCCUGCGUUCACACACAAAUUUUGGAGGCAAGUGAUAGCAGCAGCGGAGCCAUAACUUCCCUCAUCUACUACAAGGGACUGCUUUAUAGUGGACAUUCAGAUGGUUCAAUCAAGGUUUGGGACAUCAAACAGCAGUCAGCCACAAUUAUAUGGGACUUGAAAGAGCAUAAAAAAGCAGUGACAUGUUUUUCACUCUUUGAAGCAGGGGAGAGCCUUCUGAGUGGAUCUUCUGACAAAACCAUUAGGGUUUGGAAAAUGGUACAAAGGAAACCGGAGUGCACUGAAGUCAUAGCUAUGGAGGAACCGAUUCGACAGUUAGAAAAAUAUGACCAAAUGAUUUUUGUUAUCACCCAAGGCCACAGAAUGAAGGUCUAUGAUUCAUCAAGAACAGCCAGAGACAUCUGUAAGGCUAAGAAGGUGAAGAGCAUGAGAGUGGUCCAGGGAAAGAUUUACAUAGGCUGCAAAGAUUCAAGCAUACAGGAAUUAACCAUAGCAACUAAGAGGGAGCAGGAGAUCAAGGCACCAACAAAGAGUUGGAUAAUGCAAAAGAAACCCAUCAAUGCAAUUGUUGUCUACAGAGAUUGGCUUUAUAGUGCAAGUUCAGUCAUCGAGGGUUCAAAAGUUAAGGAAUGGAGAACACAUCAUAAGCCCCGUAUAUCUAUAGCAGCAGACAAGGGCAGGAAUGUGUUACUAAUGGGAGUAGUGGAAGACUUCAUCUACUUAAAUUCCUCCUCGUCAACCAGCACCCUUCAGAUUUGGUUAAGAGGGAUGCAACAGAAAGUGGGCAGGAUUUCUGCAGGCAGCAAAAUAACAAGCCUUCUUACUGCCAAUGACAUGGUUCUAUGUGGAACUGAGAAAGGACUGAUUAAGGGCUGGAUACCACUCUAGUGCACGAUAUUGCUCCAGCAAUGUAUAGCUUCUGAUCGAUGCAGUAUACACGGUUAUGAUGUAAGUAGCAGGGUUUCGUUGUUGGUCCCAUAUGAACAGAAGAACUAUAAGAGCACACGCAAUCGGUUGUUGUAAAUUUUACCCUCAAAGAACAUAUUUGUGAAAUGUGAAGUACAGUUCUACUACAGAAAUAAAGAUAAAUAGACUUUUAGCUCA